AUGGCAUGUGGAUGUGUUGUUCGACGUACUCAUGGUUUGCUAUGUGCACAUGAGAUAGCAAAUUACAUGAGGGAAAAUCGGCCAAUUCCCCUCUCUUCAGUUUGUUCAUAUUGGACUAAGCUUGAUAUGUUGAGUACCCCACACACUGUAAGUGAAGAGUGGACUUGUAGACCUGAGUUAGAAUUAUUUGCCAAACGAUUUGAGGAAGUGGAUCCAGAUAUGAAGAGGUUUUUGUUACAAAAAUUGAGGGAGUUAGCCAAACCUGAUUGUACAUUUUUGAUUGAGCCGAAAGUGAGGUCUAAUCCACGGGGUCGGCCAAAAUUGAAGAUUGAGACCUCCACUCGUCGUGAGCCAUCUGCGUUUGAAAUAGUUGCUUUAGCACAAGAUAGUUAUCCACCUGGAGUCAUUGCCAAGGCGAGUGUAACAACAAAAAAGGUGAAAACAAAGAAGAAAGAAAAGGUUCACCGGCUUCGAUCAUUGAAUCCAAAUUGCUUUUUAGAGGCAUUCCCUUCUGAAUUGAGACGAUAUAUUAAAUACGUUAAGGAUGUUGCAGCGGAUGGCAAUUGUGGGUUUCAAGCUAUUGCUGGUUUGAUGGGUUUUGGAGAAGAAGGAUGGUUACAAGUGAGAAAAGAUUUACUUAAACAGUUGCAUGCGCAUAGUGACCACUACAGGAACUUAUUUGGAUCACAAGAGAGAAUCGAUGACCUGACCAACAUCUUGGCAUAUUUUGAACCAAACCCUGGGUUGGACCGGUGGAUGACGAUGCCUGACAUGGGUCAUCUUAUAUCGUCUUUCUACCAAGUCGUUUUGGUCUACUUGUCUAUGCAACAAUGUUUGACAUUCCUCCCUCUUACGUCAAUACCGACGUAUGUUGCCUCUCGCAAGGAGAUAUGUAUUGGCUUUGUCAACAACAACCAUUUUGUUCAACUCAUUUUGGAGCAUGGUCAUCCUAUUCCACCCAUAGCAACUAACUGGUGGAGGUACCAUGACCCUUGUGCAGUAGGCUGGGAGGUUGUAUACAGUUUCAGAGUGCAACAUUUCAAAUCACUCAUCAAUCUAGACGUAGCCACAAUUGAAACAGUAGACCUGGAUGAGGACUAA